AUGAGGGGAGCUGUUUUAGUGGCAAUUGCUGCUGCAAUUGGGAACUUUCUGCAAGGAUGGGACAAUGCCACAAUAGCAGGUUCUGUUCUUUACAUCAAGAGGGAAUUCCAGCUUCAGUCGAACCCAACAAUGGAGGGUCUAAUUGUUGCAAUGUCACUUAUUGGAGCCACAGUUAUAACAACGUUCUCGGGGUCUGUGGCUGAUUGGCUUGGACGCAGACCAAUGCUAAUUAUCUCGUCUGUUCUCUAUUUCCUUAGUUCCUUGGUGAUGUUGUGGGCACCAAACGUUUAUGUUCUGCUUUUGGCAAGGCUCUUAGAUGGCUUUGGAAUUGGACUUGCUGUUACGCUUGUUCCUCUUUACAUAUCUGAGACUGCGCCACCAGAAAUAAGAGGACUGUUGAAUACUCUUCCGCAGUUUACUGGUUCUGCAGGAAUGUUUUUGUCUUAUUGCAUGGUCUUUGGAAUGUCAUUGAAGGAGUCUCCAAGCUGGAGGCUAAUGCUUGGGGUUCUAUCAAUUCCUUCUCUAGUUUAUUUUGUGCUCGCAAUGUUCUUCUUGCCUGAGUCUCCUAGGUGGCUUGUUGGUAAUGGGCAGAUGCAAGAGGCUAAGAAGGUGCUGCAAAGACUGCGCGGCCGGGAAGAUGUAUCAGGUGAAAUGGCUUUACUGCUUGAAGGUACGGGCGCUGGUGGUGAGACAUCUAUUGAGGAAUACAUAAUUGGGCCUGACAAUGAACUUGAUGCAAGCCUUGAACAUGAAGUGGAUAAAGAUCAAAUCAAGUUGUAUGGGGCUGAAGAAGGCCUCUCAUGGAUUGCCAAACCUGUCAGGGGACCAAGUACUCUUGCUCUUUCUCGUCAUGGUAGUGUUGCAAGCCAGAAUAUGCCACUUAUGGAUCCAAUGGUUACUUUAUUUGGCAGUGUUCAUGAGAAGCUUCCUGGAAUGGGAAGCACACGAAAUAGCAUGCUCUUUUCUAAUUUUGGGAGCAUGUUCAGCGUCGCAGAACAACAUGGUAAGCAAGAAACUUGGGAUGAGGAGGCACCAGAAUAUCAUGACCAUAACAUAUCUGAUGCCUCUGGUGCUGAAUCUGAUGAUAACUUAAGGAGUCCACUCCUUUCACGUCAAGGUUCAAAUGCAGAUAAGCCAGUCAAUGGAAGUUUUAUGCAAGGAAAUGCUGGCGAACAAGUUGGUACUAUGGGUAUUGGUGGUGGUUGGCAGCUGGCUUACAGAAAAGAUGAGAAAGCAGGAGGUGGUCUGAAAAGAAUAUAUUUGCAUCAAGAGAGUACCCCUGGUUCACGACGUGGAUCCAUUCUAUCACUACCUGGUGCUGAUCAACCUGUAGAGGGUGAAUAUAUUCAUGCUGCUGCUCUUGUUAGCCAAUCUGUUCUUCGUCUGGAUGAUGUCCGGGGUCAAAACUCCAUUGUGGAAGCUAUUGACAAACCAACUAAGCCUGCUCCCAGAGGACCUGGUUGGAGGGAUCUCUUUGAGCCAGGAGUGAAACAUGCUCUGAUUGUGGGAAUUGGAAUUCAAAUACUUCAACAGUUUUCAGGCAUAAAUGGGGUGCUGUACUACACUCCACAAAUUCUUGAACAAGCUGGCGUAGGGGUUCUUUUAUCAAACCUUGGCAUCGGUUCAGAUUCAGCAUCUCUGCUUAUUAGUGGUCUUACUACCUUGUUAAUGCUUCCAAGCAUAGGCGUUGCUAUGAGACUGAUGGAUGUUGCCGGCAGAAGGAUGCUUCUUCUGUCUACCUUACCUGUCUUGAUGGCAUCUCUGGUCAUACUUGUCCUUGGUAAUGUAAUUGACCUAGGUGAAACCCUUCAUGCUGUUAUCUCCACCGUUAGUGUGGUUGUUUAUUUCUGCUGCUUUGUUAUGGGGUUUGGUCCAAUCCCAAACAUCCUCUGCUCGGAGAUUUUCCCCACCAGAGUUCGCGGUCUCUGCAUUGCAAUAUGCGCUCUUGUAUUCUGGACCUGUGACAUAAUAGUCACCUACUCACUUCCCGUAAUGCUCUCCUCCAUUGGUCUUGCCGGUGUAUUCGGCAUUUAUGCUAUUGUGUGCAGCAUUGCUUGGGUUUUCGUGUUCCUGAAGGUUCCUGAAACAAAGGGCAUGCCCCUCGAAGUCAUUACCGAAUUUUUUGCAGUGGGACUGCUAUCCCUGGAUUUUGAAGGCGCCUCUGAUUCAUCAUCUGAUACAUCUGUCUAUGGCUGGACAAUCAACACAAAGUACUACGUAGCCGAUGUUUCUCUUUGGAUGGCUCAUCUUAAUGAUGAAUUUUCUAUUCAGAGUUUACCAACAUAUGAACGGCUCGCUGCAUUAGUGAUGGUUUUUGACAUGAAUGAUCUUUCUUCUUUCACGGCCCUUCAGGAGUGGGUAUCCCAAACUGAUAUCCGGCAGUUUGACGUGCUUUUAUGCAUUGGUAAUAAAGUGGAUCUCCUGCCUGGUCAUCCAGCUCAUGUCGAGUACAGAAGACGUCUGUUGAAACUUGAUCAAUCUUCUGGCACUUUUAGCGCAGAACUGGAUUAUGGAAUUUCUGAAACUGAAGGCAGUAGCUUAUUAGGAGAAGAAAAUUCAUCUUGGGAGCUCAAGAGAUCUUGCAUUGACUGGUGCAUUGAGCAUAACAUUGAAUUCAUUGAAGCUUGUGGAUCCAAUGCCGAUUUUGAUAAUUGUUUGUCUGUGGAUGGUGAUUUACAAGGUGUUCAGCGCCUUUUUGGGGCGCUUUCUGCUCAUAUGUGGCCAGGAAUGACAUUGAAAUCUGGUGAUAAGAUUGAUGAACCUUCAUUACCUGAACAAGAAGAGUUGUCAGAAGAAGAAUCAGAGUUUGAGCUCGAGUAUGAGAUCUUAUCUGCUGGUUCAGCUGAUCCAUGGGAUGGUACAGAGGCAGAAUGGGUGUCAGCAAAUGCUGAUGCUACAACUUCUGGGACUAGUGGAGCAAUGGAGACUGUUAAUGCUAAUGGUUCUAAUGGAAAUGGUGAAACCAAGACUGCCGACAGGGAGCUUCAGCCAUCAAAGUCUACAGCUAAAUUACAAAGCGUGAGUAAUGAGGAAGAAGGAAUGAAAGUGCAUUCUGCAGACAAUAACUUAGAGCCUGAUGAGGGCAAUACAUAUAACUUUGAGGACCUGGAGCAGUUGAUGUCCGAGAUUGGGAAUGUGCGGGACAGCCUGAGGCUUCUACCAGAUUUUCAGAGGAGAGAAAUGGCUGCCAAUCUAGCAAUGAAAAUGGCUGCAAUGUUUGGAGAUAGUAGUGAAGACGAAGGACUUGACUGA